GGCAGCACACGACUCGGGCAGACAAAUCCUAUCCUCCUCCGCCUAGUCACCACACCCUCUCCGUGUGUGCCGCCUGAGCUGCCAACAAUGGCCCUGGAGACGUGCUUCAGAGCGUGGGCGCUGCACGCCGCCCCUGCCGGCGGCAAGGACAGGCUCGUCGUCGGCAGCAGCAGCAGCAGCUUCGCGCCGUCCAAGCGAGCCGCCGCCGCGCCGCUGUCCGUCGGCCGCGUCGCCACGCGGCGGCCGCGGCACGUCUGCCAGUCCAAGAACGCCGUCGACGAAGUGCUGGUGGCGGACGAGAAGAACUGGGACGGGAUGGUGAUAGCGUGCGACACGCCGGUGCUGGUGGAGUUCUGGGCGCCGUGGUGCGGGCCCUGCCGGAUGAUCGCGCCGGUGAUCGACGAGCUGGCCAAGGACUACGCCGGCCAGAUCAAGUGCUGCAAGGUGAACACGGACGACUGCCCCAACGUGGCCUCCACCUACGGCAUCCGCAGCAUCCCCACCGUGCUCAUCUUCAAGGGCGGCGAGAAGAAGGAGAGCGUCAUCGGCGCCGUGCCCAAGACCACGCUCACCACCAUCAUCGACAAGUACAUCGGCAGCAGCUCGUGAGCCAAUCCCGGAUUCAUGGAUGAUGUUGGGGAUGAACUAAAUACAUACGUGUCCGUGCUCGCGCAUACACACCAUGUAUCUCUUGUUGCAUAAGGAUGAUGUCAUAAUUCAGGCAGCCGUCUGCUACUGCUCGGUUAUACUAUGUCGAAUCCAAUCCAUUAAUUAGUUUCAGUGCAUGAUUUUUCACCAUAUAUUAAUUAUUCAUGUGUGUAUAUUAUUAUUAUUGUUAUUAUUACUAUCACCAGUAAUAUGUAA